UGCCCUGCAGCACGGAGGCUGGGCCCGGAAGCCCGGGGCCGAGUUCCAGGUGCCGACGCGCCACGUCAGGUGCGGCUCGGGAUCCGGAGACAUGGCUGCGCCGGGCCCAGCGCUCUGCCUCUUCGACGUGGACGGGACCCUGACGGCCCCGCGGCAGAAAAUUACCAAAGAAAUGGAUGACUUUUUACAAAAAUUGAGGCAGAAGGUCAAAAUUGGAGUGGUAGGCGGCUCGGACUUGGAGAAAGUGCAGGAGCAGCUGGGAAAUGAUGUGAUUGAAAAGUAUGAUUAUGUGUUUCCAGAAAAUGGCUUGGUGGCAUACAAAGAUGGGAAAUUCUUGUGUAAACAGAGUAUUCAGGGUCACUUGGGUGAGGCCCUAAUCCAAGACUUAAUCAACUACUGUCUGAGCUACAUUGCGAAAAUUCAACUCCCGAAGAAGAGGGGCACUUUCAUCGAGUUCCGAAACGGGAUGUUAAAUGUGUCCCCUAUUGGAAGAAGCUGCAGCCAAGAAGAACGCAUUGAAUUCUACGAACUCGAUAAAAAAGAAAACAUACGACAGAAAUUUGUAGCAGAUCUGCAGAAAGAGUUUGCAGGAAAAGGCCUCACGUUUUCCAUAGGAGGCCAGAUCAGCAUCGAUGUCUUUCCUCACGGAUGGGACAAGAGGUACUGCCUGGGACACGUGGAAAAUGACGGCUAUAAGACCAUUUAUUUCUUUGGAGACAAAACCAUGCCAGGCGGGAACGACCAUGAGAUCUUCACAGACCAGAGGACCAUGGGCUACACCGUGAUGGCCCCCGAGGACACGCGCAGGAUCUGUGAAGAGCUCUUCUCCUAACGCCCCUCCCGUGGGAGGGCGGGAAGGCCCAGCUGCCAGCCCGAAAGGCUCGCCCAGUGGCCGACCCCGGGUCCCUCCCUCCCGCGCCCACGGACAUUCACAACCGUCCAGCCCAGGACGGACGUGUAAAAACACUUCCUGAAAUGAAGCACCUGCUGAGUGUGGGCUUGGUAGGAGCCUUGAGACCAGGGCACUGUGGUCAUCAGCUGGUAGUAGCUAAGUGACCUCUGAACUCUUGUUUUCCCACCUCACUUCCUGUUUGAGAGCCACAGACCUCAGCGUGGCCUGUGGACGACUGGCCGGGCAAGUGACAGCUGACCCGACGGAGCUUGCCCUCCGCUGGCCUGGUACCCAGGUUCGCUCAGAUCCACUACGGUGAGGGCUGUUCUCUCACCAUCGACUUGGGAGGCAGUAGUCCCAACGGCCCUUCCCCAGGGCCGGCUCUGAGCCCAGGUUCAGAGAGACUAACCGGUGUCGCACUUCACCAAGAACCUGCCGGGCCUGGGCUUCCCAGGGGCCUGACGUGCCUGGUUUCUCAGGCAGCAGGUGAAAGCCACGGUGACUAGCAGGACAGAAGCUGCCCUGUUUCUCUGCAGACCUUUGAAUAAGUAAGCGCGGGACCCUGGCCCUCACCCUGAUUCUGACCUCAGGGCUGGGAGCAGCCUUGGUUGGGCCUGGGUCCUCCCCCCUCCCUCCCUCCCUCCCUCCCGGGUUCUGCAGGUUCCUCAUGGAACUGGAAGGCCCCUCCAGGCCCUGGUCCAGAACAGGGCGGAGAUGGCUUGCCCAGGCAACGGUUAACAUGUCGAUUCCCAGCCUCUAGAAACGUCGGGACCCACAGCCGUCCACAGAUUGGUACCAGGGCCGAGGCCGGCUUCAGUCCACAGUGUGACCUCUGCUGGGGCCCCACCGACCUGAAUCCAUGCGCUUUGCACCCCCACCUUCCCACCCCCACCAGGUGCUUUCAUCACAGAGGAGCCUGGCUUCCCCCCAGAGCUGUCCCCGGGCUUCUCGGCUCUGGACAGUGCCCCCACCACGCGGCUGGCGUUUUCAGCGGUUCCCAGGACAUGCCAUCCGUGGCAUCUUGUCGAAGGGUUUUGCAAAUGUACUGUAAUGACCUUUCAAGGUGACGAGCAGCAAAUUAAAGUGAUUGUAUUGUUUCCUA